AUGGCCAACUUCCCUCCCCCCGCCAACGGCAACCUGACUGCCGAGUCGAACACGACUCCCAUCAACGGCUCGACGAUCGACUCCUCGUUCCCCCCUGCCGCGACUCUUCCCCAGGGCAGCGAGUCCUCCAAGACUCUUUGGAUGGGCGAGCUUGAGCCGUGGAUGGAUGAGAACUUUGUCAAGAACGUCUUCUCCACUGUUUCGGGCGAGAACGUCAACGUCAAGGUCAUCCGCGAUCGCGCCUCUGGCAACGCUGGCUACUGCUUUGUGGAGUUCAACACCGUCGAGGCGGCCACUAAGGCCCUCGGCCUGAACGGCUCUAACAUCCCCAACUCGGGCCGCGCUUUCAAGCUCAACUGGGCUUCUGGUGGUGGUCUGGUCGAUCGUCGUGACGACCGCAGCCCAGAGUUCAGCAUUUUUGUCGGAGAUCUGGGCCCCGAGGUCAACGAGUUCGUUCUCGUCAGCCUGUUCCAGGCUCGCUUCCCGUCCUGCAAGUCUGCCAAGAUUAUGACCGACGCUGUCACCGGCCAGUCCCGUGGCUACGGUUUCGUCCGCUUCUCGGACGAGAACGACCAGCAGCGUGCUCUUCUCGAGAUGCAGGGUGUCUACUGCGGCAACCGCCCCAUGCGUAUUUCGACUGCUACGCCUAAGACUCGUUCUCACCCGUACGGCCAGGGCCAGCACGGUGGCAACCACAUGCACGGCCCCGGCCCUGCUCAGGGCGGCAACCAGAUGGGUGGCUGGAACAUGGGCAACGGUGGCGGCGCUGGCGGGUAUUACCAACCCGGCUUCGGCCCCAUGGCUCCUCAGCCCAUGAACCAGUUCACCGACCCCAACAACACCACGGUCUUCGUCGGUGGUCUGUCUGGCUACGUCACCGAGGACGAGCUCCGCUCGUUCUUCCAGGGCUUUGGCGAAAUCACCUACGUGAAGAUCCCUCCUGGCAAGGGCUGCGGUUUCGUGCAGUUCGUGCACCGCCACGCUGCCGAGAUGGCCAUCAACCAGAUGCAGGGCUACCCCAUCGGUAACUCGCGCGUGCGCCUGUCGUGGGGCCGCUCGCAGAACAACUCGGGCGUCGGCACCCCCUACCGCCCUGCUCCCCCGCCGCCGCACUACCCUGUCCACGGCGCCGUCCCUGGCGCUGUCAGCCCCUACGGGCCUGGUCCUUUCGGUGGCAACCAGGGUCCCCCGGGCGGUCCGUCCCCUGCUGUUUAA